GAAUCAAGAACCUAUUGCCAUAACAAGCGUAUUCAUAUCAAACAAUGGCUGCUUUCGCGGGAGGCCUUACGGGUGGUCGUCCGUCUUCGAUGCGAUCCCGCAACAUCGCCCUUUUUAGUAUGGUCGGGAUGAUCACCGCCGGGUGGAUGCUCUUCCGCGCGCAGUCUCCGAGCAAAGAGGAGAAACUGUAUUCGCAGAAAGAUAUCCAUACGAUGGUGGGAGGCCAGACGGGUGAGAAUCGAACGGGUCGGGCGCCGAGUCAUCAGAAGAAGGACUAGCUUGUUGGAUGGUAUUUAAUGGGGAAUAUGUACAGUGGACAUAAUGGCGUUGGUGUUGGCUGUUGUAUGAUA